UUGGUUUUGACUUUUGUUUGUGAUGGAAUAUUGACAUCAAGAGUUUAUUGUCUAUUGUGAGUGAGAUAAAGUUUUGAUUUAUAUGGACCGAUGUUGCUUACUGGGAUUUUGUUUGAUUAGUGCUGCAAAGUUUAAGUAUCUGUGAAUCAUGGAAGUAAAUAAACAACCCAGCAGUACCAAAAGUGAACCCAGUGGAAAGGAUAAUAUUUGUAGGUUAUGCGCUUCAACAAACGCCAAUAUACCCAUAUUCCCUAAUAUGGGACCACCAUUUUCCCUUAAAAGUACUAGAGGACCACCAUUAGUCUGCAAAAUAAUGUCAAGUUUGAAUAUUCAGUUGAGAAGUGGUGAUGGCUUGCCUACAAACAUCUGUCAAGACUGUGCUGCCAAAGUCGAGUCUACGUAUGAGUUCCUGCGGCUCUGUGAGGUGUCAGACUCUUUUCUGCGACAGUAUUUGGACUUUGGCCUUCAGUUAUCGUGGAUCUUUCGAUACAGCGAACUUUUACAAAUGAUUGAUCAUGUAGAGGAAGAAUCUAACGACGACUUAUAAUGGCUGGUUGUCCAUUGUUAUGUAUAUAUGUGAUAUUUAUGAUAAACUUACCUGCAGUUCCCAUUUAACAGAGUACAGUAAUGACUUUAGCUAUGUUUUAAUAUUUUAAGUGUAAAUUUUGUAAAUUAAACUCGUUAUACUUUUGA